AUGUCGACGCCCCGCUCGCCAACUUCGGCCUGUCCGACAACGUCACCGUCACCGCCCUCGCGCGCCUGCUCGGUGGGGGAAAGAAGAGGAAGAAGAAGACGUACACCAAGCCCAAGAAGAUCAAGCACAAGCACAGGAAGGUCAAGCUUGCCGUCCUCAAGUACUACAAGGUCACUGACGGCAAGAUUGAGAGGCUGCGACGUGAAUGUCCCGCUGAUACUUGCGGCGCCGGCGUGUUCAUGGCUGCCCACAAGGAUCGCGUUUAUUGCGGCAAGUGCGGCCUGA